AUGGGGGACUCAGACCAGCGGCUGGUUCUGGGCAUGAACGUGGGGGACGGGCGCCAGACGCCUCCUGGGGAGCUGCGGACACCCACGCAGGAGGGUGAGGAGCUCAGGGCUCCUAUUCCCGAGGAUGUCUGCAGUGGUGACGAAACCAAAAUGCCUUCGAUGGACCAAGAUGAUGUGGAGGAAGAGUUGGACCCCAGGAUACAGGAAGAGCUGGAGCAUCUCAACCAGGCCAACGAGGAGAUCAACCGGGUGGAACUGCAGCUGGACGAAGCCAGGACCACAUACCGCAGGAUCCUCUCUGAAUCCGCCAGGAAGCUCAACACCCAGGGCUCCCAGCUGGGGAACUGCAUCGAGAAAGCACGUCCAUACUAUGAGGCCCGUCGCCUGGCCAAGGAGGCCCAGCAGGAGACGCAGAAGGCAGCGCUGCGGUACGAACGGGCGGUCAGCAUGCACAAUGCCGCCCGUGAGAUGGUCUUCGUGGCGGAACAGGGCGUCAUGGCCGACAAGAACCGGCUUGACCCCACCUGGCAGGAGAUGCUCAACCAUGCCACCUGCAAGGUGAAUGAGGCAGAGGAGGAGCGGCUGCACAGCGAGCGGGAGCACCAGCGCGUCACCCGGCUUUGCCAGCAGGCUGAAGCCAAGGUGCAGAGCCUGCAGAAAUCCCUCAAGCGUGUCAUCGUAAAGAGCAAGCCCUACUUCGAGCUCAAGGCCCAGUUCAACCAGAUCCUCGAGGAGCACAAGGCCAAGGUGACAGGACUGGAGCAGCGGGUCUCCCAAGCCAAAAUGCGCUACUCGGUGGCGCUCCGUAACCUGGAGCAGAUCAGUGAGCAGAUCCAUGCCCGGCGGCUGCAGCGCCUCAUCCAACGCCGGGCCUCUCCAGUAGGGGCAGAGGCGGGGGCCGGGCUGGGCGCCGAGUGCCCCCCCACGGACACACUCUCCAUGCUCAGCUUGCAGACCAUUGCCUCCGACCUGCAGAAGUUUGACUCGGUGGAGCAUCUGCUGGGGCUGUCGGACGCCACCAGUCUCAACAGCGAUGAGCUGGAGGAGCAGGAGCAGCGCCGGGGUGGGCAGAGCCAGUUCAAGCACCACCGCAGCGUCAGCCUCUAACCCACCUCCCUGGCCCUUCCCCUCGGCGAGCCCAGCCGGAAGGGGCUGUGCCAGCCGGGCGAGGAGGGAAUGCUGUGGCUGGACACUGCGGCACUGGGGGGUGGGGCGGACAGCCUUCUGUGAAGGACCCCUGCUUCCUAAGGGGGGGCCCAAAGACACUACACCUCCCAGAGGGCAUUGCUCAUCCUUUCCUCCCCCUGCCCCAUGUGUGCCCUCUGCCACUACACCUCCCAGAGGGCAUUGCCCAUCCCCUCCCCCCCCAGGUGAGUGACCCCUGACACUGCACUGGGUGACCUCUGACACUACACUUCGCAGGGGGUAUUGCUGUACUGACACAAGUAGCAUGGAGGCUGCUGAUUCCAGCCAGCAGGGCUUUCUGGGUCCCCUGCGGUAGGGCUCCAUGCUGGAGCCAGGAGCAGACACUGCCCUUUGCUGGAGCAGUGUUACCUGCAGACCCCGCUCCCAGCAUGCACUGAGCAGAGCACCCAGUUCCCUUAUGUGCUGACAGCCGGGGUCUCCCCAGAGCAGAGACACCAGCACCUCUGGUUUUAUGCCCACUAUUUGGUCUGCUGCCUUCGCUGACCUGGUUUCCAGCACUGCUACAUGUCCUGGGCCGGGGGAGGGAGAAGCAAAACUAGCUGCUGUCUGACACUACAUUCCUGGGGGGAGGGGGUUUGGCAGGCCCUGGCCUGGGGCUACUGCAUGUGUACAUCCCAGGGGACAGGGCGGGAGCUAUGGAAUGAGGGCCCUCUGGUGUCAGCUCUGAUAGCUACAGCCUAGUUCUUGUCCAUAACCACAGGCUGGUGAAGGUUGCUGCUGAGACAUAGAGAUGGCCUGGAGCUAAUGCCUUCUCCUAGUGCAUACACAGACUGGGCCAGUUCCCUAUGCCUAUCACGUGGAGCCUGCAGUGCUCACUGGGUGGGUCGCUUGCUCACCUCCUGCAAUGUAAUAGGGAUGCUUCUCUGAAAAUGUGGGUGCUUGGUGCCUGAGGUUCAUCUCCUAGUGGCAGAGAUUACAGGAGCAGCCUGUGCAAACUGUAUAGCCUUCCCCACUGCUCACAGGCGGCUGGGCUCAAAGAUGCCUGGAGUCUGCCCUUUGAGCAGAGCACCUUCACCCAAAACGUGGCAAGGAGCUGAUUCCUUCCCCCUCCAGCAGGUGGCACCAGAUGGUUCACUCUAGGCAGCUCCUUGUACUCUUACCUAACCCUGUUCCUCCAGAUUUCCUAGGUCAAAUCCCCCUCAAAUCUUCCUUUAUAUUGAGACAAAUAAGUGUCAAAGCUGCGUGGAAAGUAAUUUGCACUAGUUGGUGUGGGGAUGGGGGGGUUUGGUGUCAGUUGGGAGGGGGAGCUCCUUGUGCAUAUCCUCUGCCCCGGAGACCACUCUGGGCUUAUCUGUACCCCCUGUGGUCUCCUGGGAGCCGGGGCUGCAUCCUCUCUGUGAUGGAUGCUCCUCUUGGUGGGGGGCUGUUGCUGCUGCUGUGCCCUGGUGUGGUUUCACUCUGCUGUGGCUGUGAUGAUAACUGCCAGUUUGAGGCAGCCCAGUGGAUCCGUAUGAGUGAGCGGCUGUGCUGCAUAUUUUAUUUAAAGUAAAG